CUCGAAAUAUUUCAGCCUCUAGGCGCAAGACGGAUUAAUGCGGCCCUGCUAAUACUGCUUUGUGAUUGGCUUAUGACAUCUUAAGACUAUUUAAGACGGUCUUAAAUAUAAGAACCGACUAUGAAUACCAGCCUGAGGGUUCUUCCUUUCCAGAAAGGAAGAACUCUGAUUGGUUGAUUUUCUUACACGUUAUGCAAAAGCCUGUGCUCUCGGCUCUUGCCCUAUAAUACAGUCAGUACGUAGCUUCCACUGCUGCAGAUAAAGAGAAAGCUCUCUGAAGCGAGCGAUCGGUUCUGAACGCUUGAAUACGCGGGUACAUAAACACGAUUGAAGGACAAAGAAAGGUUUAUAGAUCUUGAUUGUUUCAUUAAUAUCGACUGGUCGCCAUUUUUAUUCUCAAUGCUCAGAAAAACAAGGAACGAAAACUUUUCGCGAGAGGAGAAGGAAUUCGUCGUCCGAUUUGUGAACGAGCAUCUGAAAAUCUUGGAGAACAAGAGCAAUACUUCGGAAGUGUACUUGAAAAAGCGCGACAAAUGGCGGGAGUUAACCGAGAAACUGAAGGCGUUCGGGGUCGUAAGAGACUGGAAGGAAGUGCGACAUGCAUAUCAAAGAUGGAAGUGGUUUGCCAAAAAGAACAUCACUGCUUUACAAAAAUGGGGCGACAGUAUACCAGCGAGUAUGUCACCAACGGAAUUUGAUUAUAUGAUAUAUAAUGUAUGUUCCCAAGAAUUUGAGGAUGAUGAGAGUAAUUUUUCGAAUGAAUCCGAGAAUAAUCAUGUUAUGAACGAGUAUGAUGAAUUAUCUAAUGUAUCACAUUCUUUUGACACGAACAGUGGUUCUUAUGUUUCUCACCCACUUCAAUUCACUGAGAAACCUAUGGAAUAUACAAAUGAAAUAUUAGAUAAUUUGAAGAUAAAAAUGGAACAGACUGAUGAAGAUGUACCAAAGAUAUGUGAAGAAACGAGAAUUGACAAUAUUCGUGUGCAAAGUACAAGUGUCCCGGCAAAUUCAACAAAUGUUACGAAUGUAUCCAGAAAAUCAUCUUUCAACGUUGGAACCUCUAAUAACGUUAAUAGUGAUAUCGAAUUCAAAAGGCGAGAAAACAUAUUAAAAUUGAAACUUCUUCGCGCUCAGCUUAAUAGAGAAGAAGAAGAGAGCAAAAUCAGAAUGGAACAAGAAAAAAUGAAGCUAAAUAUAUUAAAUAUUCGAGUUAUUCCUCGUUGA